AUGGUUGUUGGCGGCUGUUUCUGUGGUAGGGUCCGAGUCGAAUAUACCCAGCCUAUAGUGUCUGCCCUAUGUCACUGUCUUGACUGUCGCAAACUCACUGGGUCUCCUUUCUCCUACAAUAUCAUCGUCCGCACUGCCGAACUACAUGUCUCCGGCAACCCAAAGGAAGUGCCAAAAACAGCAGAUAGCGGGAAUGACAUCAGGAAUUAUUUCUGUCCUGACUGUGGCACGCCGCUUUUUGGACGGAAGAUUAACUCCGCCGGAGAACCUGAGGAGACUACCGUUGUCCGGGCAGGGAUAUUGGACGAUGUUGGAAAAUUGAAUGAACAGAAGCCGCAGGUGGAGAUAUACACUGACUCCCGAUUGGAGUGGAUCAGUCCCAUCGAGGGGGCUAGUCAAUUCAAAGGCAUGUUGUCGCAAUAG